AUGUUAGGAAAACAUGUUGGCUUUGUAAACCUAUUGCAGAAGGAACUUGGAAGGCCACUACUUUCAUUACACUGUAUAAUUCAUGAAGAAAAUGUAUGUACAAAAGCCUCCUCGAAACAGUUAAAUGAAGUGAUGAGCGUAGUGAUUAAAAUUACUAACACAAUUAUAGCUCGUUCUGCCUUGAAUCACAGAAAAUUUAAGACAUUUUUAGAACAAAUUGAAUGUGAAUAUAGUGAUUUAUUAAUGCAUACUGAAGUUCGCUGGUUAAGCAGAGGAAAGGUUCUAAAUCGAUUUGUGGCAUGCAUUAAUGCAAUUGAAAUAUUCAUGAGUGAAAUCGGUGAAAGUUUCCCUCAGCUCAAAGAUAAAAAUUGGCUUCUUAAAUUAAAAUUCUUAACAGAUAUUACUAAUCAUUUCAAUAAUUUGAAUUUGCGCUUACAGAGCAAGGAACAGACAAUUCUCAAACUUUAUGAAGCAUGGAAAAGUUUUUGUUGUAAGCUAGUUCUAUUCCAGGGUGACAUAAUGAAACAAACAUUUAAAUAUUUUCCUUCAGUAAAAACUCAUGAAGAAAUUACAAAUGCAGAAGUAGAUAUGCUUAAAACUUACAUUGAUGCCAUUCAAAUCGAAUUUGAAACAAGAUUUCAGAAUUUUAAAGCCCAUGGUCCUAUGUUCAGUUUUAUAAUAAAGCCUGAUGGAAUGGAGGAAAAUGUGUUGGACCUGCAAUAUUUCAAUUUCCUUGAAAUUGAAAAUCUAGAUAUGGAGUUAAUUGACUUCAAAAAUUCAACAAUAUGGACAGACAAAUUCAAGGCCUUAAGAAGACAACUUCAUGUUGGGCAUCACUUCCCUCCAAGUUUUCUUCGAUAA